UUUUGGAUACAACAUUGCGUGGUGCAUGAAUUUGACUUAUUAUUAGCGCUUAAUUAUGGUUGUCAAGGGCAGACCACGUUGCUUCUUUGAUAUUGAAGUGAAUGGAGUGUCUGCUGGCCGACUGGUGUUUGAGUUGUUUGCCGACAUCUGUCCCAAGACAUGCGAGAACUUCAGAUGUCUGUGUACAGGUGAACUUGGCAUUGGGAAGACAACCGGUAAACAGAUGUAUUAUAAAGGCAGUCCAUUCCAUCGUAUUGUUAAAGACUUUAUGAUACAGGGCGGUGAUUUCACUGCUGGUAAUGGGACUGGAGGGGAGUCUAUUUAUAAUGGAGCUUUCAAAGAUGAGAAUUUCAUCUUAAAGCAUGAUAAAGAGUACCUCCUCUCCAUGGCAAACUGUGGUAAAGAUACCAACGGAUCUCAGUUCUUCAUUACUACUAAACCGGCGCCCCAUCUUGAUGGAAUACAUGUUGUAUUUGGUCAAGUGAUCAGUGGUAUUGAGCUAGUGAAGGAAGUUGAAAACCAGAAAACUGACGCUAGCAGUCGACCAAUUGCAGACAUACGUGUUGUCAAUUGUGGGGAAUUGGUACUCAAAAAGCAAGCUAAAGCUAAGAAAAGGAAAGCGAGUGUUGAUUCUUCGGAGGAAGAUUCUGAUGACAGCGAUUCUUCACUGGACUCCGACUCAGAUAGCUCAGAAGCUGACAAGAAGAAAAAAAAGAAGAAAGCCAAAAAGAAAGACUCAAGGAAGAAGAAAAAAGAGAAAAAGAAAAGGGACAAGAAAAAACAGAAAGGCAGUGAAAGGUAG